GUCAGCAGCCUGCCAUUUGUUACCAUAUGAGACAUCACGUUUCGCUGUUAGAAAACGGUGAAGUGUCAGAUCUUUGUCGUAAGUUGCCCUCAUCGCCACACUUUGUACACACACUUACUGGUUCCUUUUUGGCUGCUAGUAGCCAACAUGGACCACAUUAAAGAUGGAUGGUUUACAGAAACGUGUACGUUAUGGCCAGGGCAAGCAAUGAGCCUCCAAGUGGAAGAGGUCCUCUACCGUAAGAAGUCGAAAUUUCAAGAUGUUAUGGUUUUCAAGAGCAAAACCUAUGGCAAUGUGUUGGUGCUGGAUGGAGUGAUCCAGUGCACAGAGCGAGACGAGUUUGCAUAUCAAGAGAUGAUUGCCAACCUGCCCUUAUUCAGCCACCCAUGUCCCAAGAAGGUCCUGAUUAUUGGAGGAGGAGACGGUGGUGUGCUCAGGGAAGUCGUGAAGAAUUCUCUGGUGGAAUCUGUGGUUAUGUGUGAAAUAGACGAGGAUGUCAUCAACGUAUCAAAGAAGUACCUCCCAGGGAUGGCCAAAGGGUUUUUCAGCCCCAAGCUCACCCUCCAUGUUGGAGACGGUUUUGAAUUCAUGAAGCAGAACCAGGAUGCCUUUGACAUCAUUAUUACGGAUUCCUCAGACCCCGUUGGACCUGCUGAGAGUUUGUUCAAGGAGUCUUACUAUCAACUGAUGAAAGCAGCACUGAGAAGCGAUGGAAUACUUUGUUCCCAGGGAGAGUGUCAGUGGCUCCAUUUGGAGCUGAUAAAGGAGAUGCAAACCUUCUGCAAGACCCUAUUCCCUGUGGUGGAUUAUGCCUAUGGCACAAUCCCAACCUAUCCCAGUGGCCAAAUUGGAUUCAUGCUGUGCAGUAAAAAUCCUGAGACAAAUUUCAAGGAGCCAGUGAACGUCUUGUCAAAAGCAGAAAUGGAAAAUAUGAGCCUUAAAUAUUACAACCCUGAAAUUCACAAAGCAUCGUUCGUUCUCCCUGAGUUUGCAAGAAAGGUACUGAAUGAUGCAUGACCAUGCACAGCCCUCGAUGUUCACGGAUACCACAGACAAACCCCCCCCCUGUCCUGAGGCGUCGGCACCUCCUUAACAUGUUCAGCGCCACUGACGAGAGAAGCCUCUUAAAGAUUUUAUAAUGAGGGCAAACAAUAAUCAGUGAGUUUGAGCUUGGCGAUAUAUUAAGAGAAAGUGUCCGUUCAUUCAGAUGUUUUCUUCCUUCAGUCUGACAUGCUCUGGGUGUUAAUUUAUUUACAGGAUGUAUUUGGUUUGUCAUUUUUACUCUGUAAAUGUCUUAUCAGCAUUUUGUGGAGAGCAGUUUAAUGAGCUGGGCUGAGUGAGAAGAACGUUGCCGUCAAACCUGACCUCACACUGAAACUGUGUACUGUCUAUUAGAUUCACUGCAUCUACGUAUUAUGCAAUAUAUUACAUACUAUAUAGGGAUUGUAUAUGUAAUCUAUUGCCGUACUUUUAUUUGUAACGUUUAAUUGCAACCUUUAGUCAUAGGAAAACACACACAUGCCAUCUGUUAUGACUGUAUAUCCAGAUAAAUAAUGUGUCCUCUACAAAUGAACCCUAUAGUGCCUAAAAUUGGUUGUUCCUUGAUAAAGAAAAGUUGCUCUGUGUCUUAUCAGCGUGUUCGGAAAACAAGUUGAUUAAAUAACCUCUCUGAGCUGUCACCAACUGAACAUGAAGGAAUUCUGACUCAUGAUUCUGUUGAGGCUCUUCUCUUGGCCAUCACUUUGAUUCAGGAGAGUUCAAUGUAAUGAUAUUAAUAAUGAAAUUAAGUAUAGCAUUGGAGCUCGGCGAUGCAAGAAAGUGUAUUUAAAAUGUGAAUUCAUUAUGCAACCAGAACUUUCAGUAUUGUCUAUUGACUACCAGUAGUGAGCUUGUACUGUCGGAAGCAUGUAUGCCGAAAUCAUUACACGGUCAAAAUCUUUAAGUUACCUCUUUCGUUGUCAAUCCACAUUGAAUGUUUGUUGAGAAAUUGUGUCGUACCUGAGCGAUGAUUUGUGUUUUUAUAAGAACUGUAAUAAAUUGGUAACAUAAGACAGUU